UCACACCGGGGGAACCUGUGCUCCUCUAGGCGGGACACUUUGUGAACUCUCUCUCCUCGUCCCCGGUCGGACGCCACCAUGUUGCCUUUCAAGAGAACUUUCGAGGGCGAGAAGCAGCAGCUGCAGAAGCUCAACAGCAGACUGGCCCAGUAUCUGUGCAGGACCAAGCAGCUGGAGCAGGACAACGCGCAUCUGGUGAGCGAGAUCCACAAACUCCGGCAGGUGAAGACUGCGGCGGGAUGGGAGCCGAGGUACAAGGCCGAGAUGCGGGACCUGAGGGGGAUGCUGGGCCAGCUGUCCAUGGAGAAGUCCCAGGCGGAGAUGGAGCGGGAGAAGCUGUGGAGGGAGCUGCAGAUGGUCCAGGGUCUGUGCAGCGAGCAGACCGAGGUGUGCCGGGACAUCAGCGGGGAGCUGCAGGGCCGCGAGAAGGAGCUCCACCUCGCCCACCAGACCAACAGCGGCCUCCAGCAGCGGCUCCUCCAGCUGGAGAGCCAAUACAAGAGCAUGGAGGACGCGCACAGGCAGGAGAAGGAGCGUCUACGUCGGCAGGUGGACGCCCGGGUGGUGCCCAUCAUCACGCAAAGUUACCGCGGGCCUCCGGUGGCCUCCGUGGAGGAGGUGCAGGAGUACGCGCGGGGUCUGUCCGAGGGCUGGAUGGAGACGUUUGACAUGUACCAGCAGAAGGUGGAGGAGAUGGAGCAGUCGAUCCGGGCGGACCAGGCGAGGCUGGGCGACCUGCAGAGGGAGAAGAUGCUGUACGCGGCAGAGAUGGAGAAAUUACGCACGGAGGCGGAGAAGCGGGGUCAGGCGCAGAUGCGUCUGGAGGAGCAACUGAUGCACAUGCAGGAGAAAAUCCAUGUGGACUCCGGUGAAUAUCAGAUGAUUAUUGAGCAGCUGGAGCACGAGAGAAAUGCGAUGGCCGACACCAUAGAAGCAAAGAUGCGAGAACAUCACCACCUUCUCCAGGUGAAGAUGGAUCUGGGCUCGGAGGUGGCUGCCUACAGGGCUCUCCUGGAAGGUGACAGAGUGGGUCUGCAAGAUGCUCAUCCGAGGAUGAAUCAGCAUCAGAGAGAGAGAAUAAUAAAUAUCAAGAUGCCUGCUCAACCCUACAAACCAAGAGCUUCCAUCCUAACAACCAGGCCACACACGGAUAUCAGGUACAGGCCACAGACGUCAAGCCUGAGUAGGUCCCCCCUGCGUCCCUCUGGGUCCAUUAGUCCCUCUAGAGUCAUUCCUAUUUCAGUUGCAAACAGAGAUCGUUAUCAAAGUCCUGAAUCCAGAAGGGACAUGAUCUCAUUCAGCAAAGCUCGGGCUGCCGGAUCUGCCACUGCCACCACCACUGCUGCCAAAGAUGAACAAACAAGAAGGAGUGAAAACCACAUGAGUCACAGUGUGCAAAAACCAACAGCAGAGGAGAAAACUGUGAAAAUCAAACAAGUCUCUUCAACGGAAAACCAAAGCAGUCCCUUCAAGUCUUCUUCUCCUGAGUCCAAAUCAGUGAGAGUCGUGUCCCCACUGAUGAUGAUGCUGAGCACGAAAACUGAACAAGAAAACAAAAAGAAACCUUUCGAUGAAGAGGAGAUGGAUUCUGUAUAUGACAGCGAGUUCGAAGACAAAGGGAGAAGAGGAUAUACGAUGAGCCCAAGUGAGAAGAAGAUAUUAGACUCUGUGUCUGUAGAGGAGAUCAUUGAGAAGGUGAUCAGACCGGCUGGUUUGGAAGCUAAGGUUUGCUCAUCGGGAGAAUCCAAGAUCAGAUAUCAUGUUGAGAAAACCGAGCAGGAGGACGGCACGUUUAAAACACAGAUUGUGCUGGAGUCCAAAGUGGAGGAAGAGCUGGAUUUUUCGGAAGACUCUGCCCUGGAGGAACUUAUGAGCCAAGGCGUGAAGAAGGUGUCACUGGAGGACAUCGAGGACACGCCAACAGGAAGCAUGAUCAAGCAUCUUUUAAGUGGCCUGCAGGGAGCAGAGAACCUGCGAAAUAAGUCUGUCAAUGUGGAAAUCAUUGAGGAACCGGUGGACUCUUACAGUGAUGAGGAGCAGGAGGUUGAAGAGAAGUCCAGAUCCACUUUGUAUGACCCCUCUUCAACAUAUUUCCAAAUUGAGGAGCUAGAAGACGUCCCUGAUGACGUACACGGAAGAGGGGGUGAUGAUGAUGAUGCCAUUAAAUCCUCCGAGGUAGACAGAGAUCAGUCGAAGGGCGGAUCUGUUCAUGUUCAUCAGGUCUCUAGACAGAGUGAAUCUUCAUACUUCUCCCACGAGCAAGAGCCUCAUGAGUACUUUGUCUCCACACCAGAUGAGAACCUUUCUGAAACCGAAGAUGGUGGUGGCAUGUCCUCUUACGGCCACUAUGGCAUUGUCGAUGACCUGUCAGAUGAGAGGUACUACCAAGAUGAAAGUCUUCCACGGAGAAGAGUGAUUGUAGAGGAAGGUGAUGAAUACAAGUUCAUGUCAGACGACAACGACUUUGUCAAAGAGAGUUUCCCAGAGUGCAUCAUUGAAGAAGAGGUUUGUGUUUCUCCUGUAGUGCAGGAGUCAGUGCUGGAGUUCCUAAGAGAGGACUCCUUGGAGCCCAAGGAGCAGCUGGAGGGAGCUCUAGAAAAGCUACAAAGCUCCGUUUCUGGUCCUCUGAGGGAGGAGUUGGCUUUCCUCACUAAAUUGAGUAAAGACAGUACACAGAAUGUGUCUGUCAAAAAAGUGCAGCAGUCAAGUGACAAUGGAACCAUGACGAUAACUGCAGAGCUAAAUGUUUCUCAAUCUCUGGAAGACUCUGGCCUCCUGGAGGAAGGAGAUGAUCUGUCUGACGAGCAGAUCAUGGCAGCAUUCAGAUCGUCCAACCUUGGGUUUGACGGUGGUGCUGGAGGAGGGUACAGCUUCAGAAUUUCCAAAGAAGAGGAUGUUGCUUAUGAAGGGUUUGAAGUCUUUGCAAACCAAGGAGAAUCUGGGUCUGAAAUCACGGAGAAACGCAUCAAACUGGAGCCAUCAGAGAAAUCCUCCACCUUCCAGAUGGACCUAGAAGGCAGCCGUUCUGAGGCAUCUUCAGAGCGAGAGCUGCAGUCUCAAACCACAGAGAAACCACUGAAGAUUUCUCAAGAGAAAAGAGUUGCCACAAUAUACCUUGAAAGCCAAGAUGAUUGAAACAGACUUUGGUCAGAAAUAUUUUAAAUUCAAUACCUGCCAGUCGUAUCAAGUGUCGAAGUGCAGAUACAGAGAGAUCAAAGGGCAUAAAUGCUGAUAGCAGACAUUGUAAUGAUGCUAUAAUUUUUUGCAGUAAAACAUUUAAUAUCUAAUUCAUUUUGGUACACUCUUUACUGUGCAGACUUAAAGGAGUGUUUUAUCUCAAACGUAACUGCAUACAUAGACAUAUUAUGCUUAUAUUUACGUUUAGUUUUAAUUGAAACGCUUGGUUUUAGCUCCUGUCUCCUAACAUAACGAUAAAGCCCAGUCUGCUCUGAUUUGCCAGCUGACUCAAUCUGUUGUGAUUGGUCAACUAUUCCAGCAUGUGUAGGAUAUGUUGUUCUCCAAUCUUGCUGUACCUGGCUACGUUUGGGGGCGUGCCAAACUAGCCGCUAGGCGUACAUUAUGCAAAUGUAGACUAUUAUGAUGUCUUGUGACAUCAUGAUGGUGUGGAAGUAUUGGCCGAACUACAGAGGAGGUGUUUUAAUAGCUUCAGGAGUGUUUCCUGUUUGGGAGAGGAGCUCCCUCUAACGUGGACUUUUGGCUUUUUAGCUUUGCAGAACUUUUACAUACACACAAACUCUACUAGAAAACAUAUCUUCUUGAAAAUGACCAGAUUAUAACAUAUUUUUAUGGUAUAUGUUUUUGCAGAUGUAUAAUUAAAAUUAUGCUAGCUUAAAUUGGGAUCGUAACAUUGUAGCAAUGUUUAGGGUUGGUUAUACUGAGGGAGGGUGGCGCUAGUGUGUUUUAUUCUUUUUAUAGCUUGCAGUUUAUUUUCAAACUGUUUUGUUUAUUCUCUCUAGAUUUCUCUAUUUUUGUACUAACCUGCACAGCUUCAAUAGACAGUUUACAGCACAUCAUCAACCCAACUGUAACAUCGUGGUCCUUUCAGCCAUGAUGUGAUGGUUGUGAGGUGCUGGGCACCCUACGCAGGCCCUUUUUAUUUUUCUCUGGCACUGCUAAUGGAAUGAUGUUGGUGUGUACUGCAUCCUGGAACACAAUGGUUUAUUUUAAGUUGUCAGGAGUGUGAAUAGAUUUAUAGUUAAACCCGUGGCUGGUGGAGUAAGGGGAGUGAAGAAAUAGAUGGAAAUUUGUCUCAUGAUGAAUUGCAAGUUUGGAAUUCUGAGGUAAAGGUGUAGUUCAAGUAAUGUGGAACCUGUUGUGUUGUUUAAGUAACUCACAAAGUAAGGUAUGGUCAGAUGAUUGAGCUAGAAUAUUAGCACAAUACACAUACCAAAAAAAUAACACAUGCAUUUCAUUACCUAAUAACGAAAUGCAGGUUACAUAAUCAAUGUAAACAAUGUAAUCUCUAAUGUGAAUAUUUAGCUCCAAUAUUGUGAUUUGUGAGUUCGGUAAAUAGGAUUGGUGGAUCUUACCAUUUAAAGACAGCAAAGAGUAAGCAAAGAGUAAUGUGAAAGAAUAAAAGGAAGCAGCAGAGCUUAGUGAUUCAAGGAUGCAGCAAGUGUUGUGAAAGAAAAUAUGAUCACAUUGAGUUUUAAUGUCAUGUCUAAUUUUAAUUUCUUGUCUCAACACCGAUUGCUUGUCCACAUGUGUUUGUUAUCACAAUGUUGGCUUGAGGGAUUCACCUUUACUCUGACAUAGCAGUGUGUUCAUGACGCUCACUAUUUUGGGAUCGACAGCUUAGUGGCACCGAGCGUCCUCGGGGGUCUGUUGUGUUGUGUUCUUGUUGCAGAGGCAGAAACGUCUGUUUAUAGCCUGUUUAAAUGUUUUACACAUGUCGUCCUCACGGCUGUCCUAAUUUAAACCUUGCAACCACUGAGCAAUGUCUACACAGAUUGGCUUUUUGACACUGUUACAUUAAAAUAACCUGCAAAAAUAAAAUAUUCAGUGUGAAUGCCAUGCUUUUAUACACAUCUCUACAAAAAGAACUUCUAUUUCAAAUUUGUUGCAUUAAAGUGCCCAGAUACAGGUGAUUUCCAAACAUUUGAUCAUCUGCUAACCGCAGUAAUUUAGAUUACAUUGUUGCACUUAAAAUAUUAACAAGGAAUUUUUGUAAGUGUAUACUGUAUGUCUGUACACAUUGUAAUCUGAACACCAUGUGCCAUUUCAGAGUGUAAACAAACCUUUACAAACGUGUAAAGAAUGUUUGAGUCAGUGUUGAUUGAGGUCGUCACUAUGGAAACCCCAGCAUCAUUGCUGUUAUUGACAUACAGUGAUGAUUUCUACUGAAACUAUCAUUGCUUUGUUUAAAAUUGGUUCCAGCCGUAACUUUGUAAUCGAUUAAUUUCUUAACACGAUUAAAAGCUAUUGUGGGUA